AUGCCUCAACUUGAUAAAUUGACUUAUUUCUCACAAUUCUUCUGGUUACGCAUUCUCCUCUUUACUUUUUAUAUUCUCUUAUUUAAUAAUAAUAAUGGAAUACUUAGAAUUAGCAGAAUUCUCAAACUACGGAACCAACUGCUUUCGCACCGGGGGAACAAGAUCCAGAGCAAGGACCCUAAGAAUUUGGAAGAUAUCUCAAGAAAAGGUUUUAGCACAGGUCUCUCAUAUAUGUACUCCAGUUUAUCUGAAGUAUCCCAAUGGUGUAAGACCGUCGACUAUUUGGGAAAAAGGAAUAAAAUAACUCUGAUCUCUCCCUUGGCAGCACCUGUGCCGUUUGCAGCUUGGUGGUGCCCCCUCUCAUGCGGCCUGCCCUCCCUUUGUGGGCAUGGCUGCCCCUGA